AUGGGACACCACUGGCUCAUCAUCGUCAGGAGGGGCAUGGAUGAUUCGAGCGGCAUGGACCACUGGAGCGGCAUUGAUGACUGGAGCGGCACGGACCAUGGAAGCAGCAUGGGCGAUUCGAGCGGCAUGGAUGACUGGGGCGGCAUGGACGACUGGAACGGCAUGGACUAUACGAGCGGCAAGGGCGAUGGAAGCGGCAUGCGCGAUACGAUCGGCAUGCGCGAUACGAGCGGCACGGACGAUACGAGCGGCAUGGACGACUGGAGCAUCAUCGGCAUGCGCGAUAGGAGCGGCAUCGGCCACUGGAGCUUAAUCGGCAGGGACGCGUCCACCAUGUCCACGCCCACCAUGUCCACGCCCACCAUGUCCACGUCCACCAUGUCCACGCCCACCAUGUCCACGUCCACCAUGUCCACGCCCACCAUGUCCACGUCCACGUCCACCAUGUCCAUGUCCACGUCCACGUCCAUUUGA